GCUGACUCGUGUUGUGAGUGGAGACUCUUGUAGGUGUGCACAAUCUUUGGUUGCAUCACAAACGGAAGUGGCGGACGCAUGCUCGCUCGCACGCUGAACGGAUGAGAGUCUCUGGACUGAUCACAGCGGGACUGAAAUCUGCAUGGGGCUAAUGUGAAGGUGUUCAUCGUUAAUACAUCAAGUGAACAAUCAUGCCAGCGAGCGCGGACACACAAAACAAGGAAGUGCUUACCUUUGGUUUAACCAUGGUCCGACAUGGGGAAACCCAGUACAACAAGGACAAACUGCUGCAAGGUCAGGGAAUAGACACCCCCUUGUCUGAGACCGGGCGGCAGCAGGCGGGGGCAGCCGGCCUGUACCUCCGGGACCUGAAGUUCACCAACGUGUUCGCCAGCAGCAUGCUACGCGCUCGGCAGACGGCGGACAUCAUCGUGAAGAGCAACGCUCACUGCUCGGGCCUGGAGAUCGUUUUGGACCCCCUGCUGGUUGAGAGGAGUUUCGGGAUUGCUGAAGGGGGGCCUGUGCAGUGCAUGAAGGACAUGGCCAAAGCGGCCGGACAGUCCUGUCCCGACUUCACCCCCCCACAGGGGGAGACCCCCGAGCAGGUGAGAGAGCGAAUCAGAGGCUUCUUGAAGUCCAUGUUCCAGCGAAUGGUGGCCGACCACUACGGCGACGGACAGCCUGAGCCCGGGGAGAGAAUCCGGGCGCCGCCCGACGGAGACGAGCCCCCUGCCGGUCGCCCCGACGACGGGGUCCGCGGCCUGGCCGCCCACGCGCUGGUGGUGGGGCACGGGGCGUACCUGCGCGUGGCGGUGCGCCACCUGGUGGAGGAGCUGCAGAGCUCGGUGCCCUGCGGCCUCAAGCCGUCCCACCUGUUCUCCUCCUGGCCCAACACGGGCAUAUCCCGCUUCGUCCUCACCCUGCGCCGCGGGGAGGGGGGGGGUGGGCCGGCGCCCGCCGACGUCCGCUGCGUCUUCGUCAACCGCAAGGACCACCUGAAGAGCAUGAGUGAGAGAGGGAGAGGAAGCGUGGAGGACGCUGCCCUGUGAGCCACAGGGCUGCCCUUCUGAGUAUUACUAUUCCUUAUUUAUUCAUUCAUUCAUGCGCUCGUUUAUUUACGUGUUUAUUUAUUUCACCUGUGCCUAUAUCCGGGUGCAUUAGCACAUUAGACCUUUGGAAAUACAAGUGCAAUACAGGGUACUGGUGCAGGACUGUGAGGUAAGAAUUCAGUAACGGUGUCGAUGCGCAAAUGUGACACGCGCAAGGUUCGGCUUGCCCCUUUGGCCGAGCUGCGAUUGGACAGGACGUUCGCUGAUCCUUUUGCGGGAUCGGACAUCCCAAACAAGCAAACAGUCAGUGGACGUCCUGUCCGGUCACAGCGGGGAGGGAAUUUCCAGAGCUGCUGAACAGCAAUAACGUGUGAUUGGCCGAAAACCGGUCAAUCCCGUCAUGUGACCUCCGGUCUUAUUCUUUAAAAUGAUCUUUAGUCCUUGUGUCCUGCCGCAAGCCCGUAGUGUUGCUGAAUACUGAACUCAUCUGCUGGCAGUAAAUAUUAAUUUUAGUACUGAUAUUAGUGGCAAUAUUAAAAUGAAUGUCUGUUGAACAGGGUUAUAAAGCGCUUUUUAAGGAAUAUCCACGUGUAGGUGUAAAAUGCUGUGUGUUUUAGUGACUGAUUGAAUGUAGAGUUUAGCUUCACAAUGGGCCAGUGUCAGUGUCUUCCUAACACUGGUUGGAUAACAGAUACUCAUUACCUCAUGCUUAUUAAGCAAGCUUUGUCAGCCCCAUUGGAGUACUUUACGGUAUGUGCUGCCCCUAUUCUAGUAUUUAUUUACUGAGUUGAUUCCCUUUUCCUGAGAAGACCACCAUGGACACGGUUUACAUGUGAUCAGCUGGGUAUUGGCUGGAGCACUUUGGGCUGAGUACUGGUGGAAUCUGGCCACCUAAGUGACUCACUCACUGUCUCUCGGUCCCAAGUCUCUUACAACUGAAAGCUGCUGGAGAAAUGCCUCACUAAACCAGGAGGGAUGGAGGCGAUCCUGAUGGCGUCCAUUUUAUAUGCCAUAGUUUUCUGAAGGACAGGGUGUUGUGUGUGCGGUUUUUGUUCUGUCAUUGAUAAUUUAGGAACAUAAACAGUUUUUUGUUUGUUUGUUGUUUUGUUUCCUGGCAUGGUGUACUGAGUGUCAUACUUAGUAAAGCUAUUCUGCAACACGCACAGUGAAUUAAAUGAGCUUGAAGGAGCAUU